AUGGCCAGAAAACGCCCGCAGGACUCGGAUGCGGAAUACAGCGACCGUGACGGCGAUGAGGACUACGCCCCUAAACCUUCUGCGAAGAAGAGGGCGUCAGGCGCGGUCAAGAGACGAAGACGCGCCGACUCUUCAUUCAGAGACGCGUCGAAAUCCAGCGAUCAGGACACUAUCGUGGCGGAGUCGGCGCCGCCAAGUUCCCAUCCGGCUGCAUCUCAUGUCAUCGCAGAACCUAGCCCGCUACGUGAAGCGCUACUCGAAUGGUACGAGGGGGUGCACGCUGCCCGAGGGAUGCCCUGGCGCAAACCGUAUGAUCCAUCAAUGAACAAUGACCAACGCGCCCAACGCGCGUACGAGGUCCUGGUCUGGGUAUCUGAAAUCAUGUUACAGCAAACGCAGGUGGCCACCGUCAUUCCAUACUAUAACAGAUGGAUGAAGAAAUAUCCGACCAUCAGGGACCUCGCAGCGUCGGAUAUAGAGACGGUCAAUAGCAUCUGGCGCGGGCUCGGAUAUUAUUCGCGGGCGGCCCGACUGCUUGCGGGCGCCCAGAAGGCCGUCAGGGACUUUGGCGGACGCCUCCCGGAUAACGCGAAGGACAUGGAGGCAAACAUUCCCGGCAUAGGCAGGUACAGCGCAGGCGCCAUAUGUUCCAUUGCUUACAACGAUCGCAUACUCGCAGUCCAUGCGCCCCCGAAGUCGAAACAGACCCUUGAUAUCCUGUGGCAGGGUGCAACAGCCAUGGUCGAGGGGGGCACGCGCCCGGGUGACCUCAACCAGGCGCUCAUAGAACUGGGGUCAACGCCCUGGUGCCAAGCAGUCAAAUUGGCGGAUGGCAAGGAACCGGAAGGAGCAGCAUCGAAAAGUGGAGCCGAAGUGCUCGACAUUGAGGAAAUUUGCACGCUCUGCGAACCGCUGCCUGUUGGGCGUCCGGUGACCAGCUUCCCUAUGAGAGCGGAAAAGAAAAAAGCUAGGGAAGAGCUGGAUAUAGUGAAUGUUAUCGAGUGGCGCAGCCAGGCUGACGGCGGGGGGCGUUGGUUCUUGCUCGUCCGGCGUCCAGAAGGCGGUCUGCUGGGCGGCCUGCACGAGUUUCCCACCUCGCCUGCCGUCCCCGUGACCAUAUCUGCUGCAGCGCAGAAGAAGGUUCCGUCCGCCCUUCUGCGUGAUUUGUUGACAUCCCCUCCCGCUGGCGAGCACGGCGCAAGAACCUCGGGGGAUCAGGCUCGCGGGGAGAUAUCCGGCGCAGAACUAGAACCGUCGACGGCGCUACGGAUCGUGCACGUCGAGCCGGCUGGAGAUGUCAUACACAUCUUCUCCCACAUCAGGAAGACUUAUCGGGUACAGUGGGUGGUGCUGGAGGGUGGCGGUGGCACGCCGCCAGCCCUGGCCGCACCCUGCCGCGGCCGUGUUGUCGUCAGCGGUGCUGCCACGCAGCGGGCCAGGGCGGGCGGCAGGACGCCGAAGACCAGGGUGGGUGUAUCCGAGAGCCUUACGGCAGCGCCUGGGGACGGCGAUGAUCAGCUGCACGCCGCGCAGGCGGCGUGGGUGCCCAUGGCCGAUGUCGCCAACGCAAACGCCGCCCUGCGAGCACAUUCUGAUCGUCGUCGCCGUCGUCGCCGUCUUGCGGCCAUCAGCAUCGGUACGGGCGUGCUCAAGGUCUGGAGGCGGGCGUGCACGCUGUGGGCCGCGUGA